CUCGUCCCCUUCCCUUCACCGACCAAAACCCCAAUUCCCCUCUCCACUUUCCAUUCACACGGUCUCGCGCCGCCGCACCUCGAGAGCUCUCCGUUUCAUCCAUGGCGGCCGAUGGGGAGGAGGCCCCCAAUACCACCCCGCCCCCGCUUCCGCUCCCGUCCUACCCUGAGAUGAUCCUGGAGGCGAUCGACGCUCUAGACGGCGAGAACGGCUCCAACAAGAUGGCCAUCUCGGGCUACAUCAAGAGCAAGUACGGCCCCAGCCUCCCUCCCGCGCACGUCUCCCUCCUCACGGCGCACCUCUCCCACAUGAAGACCAUUGGCGAGCUCGUAUUCGCCAGGAACAGCUACUUCCGCCCCGACGACGAGGACGAGGCACCCGCCGAGCCUGCCCCUGCCUUCCCGCCGCACCCCCGCUUGUCCCCGGAGCCCGAAGAUCCCGUCGCCGAGGAUACCAAUGGCGCGCCCUCUGCGGCUUCCGUCGUCGCCGCUAAUGCCGAUAUCGUCCCUGCUCCAACUCCCGUCGCCGCUGACGCCGAUGGCUUCCCUGCUCCAGCUCCCAUCAUCGCCGCUCAUACCACUGAUGUGCCUGUCAAACGGGGGCGCGGACGGCCCCCCAAGCCCAAGGACCCCGUUGCUGAGACGACCAAUGGCGCGCCCGCUGAAGCUCCUGUCGUUGCCGCUGAUGCUGUUGCCGUGCCUACCAAGCGGGGGCGCGGACGACCUCCCAAGCCCAAGGAUCCUGUCGCCGGGGCAACCAGUGGCGCCACUGCAGCUCCCGUCGUCACCGCUGAUGGCAGUGCCGUGCCCGUCAAGCGGGGGCGCGGACGGCCCCUCAAGCCCAAGGACCCCGUCGCCGAGGCUGUUGCCAUGGCCACCAGCGGCAUGCCGCGCGGGCGUGGCCACCCGCCCAAGAAGGCCAAGGUCGCCCAGGAAGCCCCCAUUCGCGUGCCUGCUCCAGCUUCUGGCGGUGAUGCUGAUGCUAACGCUGUGCCUGUCAAACGCGGGCGUGGACGCCCUCCCAAGGUGAGGUCUCCGGUGGUCUGUGAGCCGGGCAAUGCUUAAGCGUCAUCCGUUCUUGAAUCCUGCUGUGAUUACAAUGGUGGUAAGAUUUUGGUUUAACUGUGCUCUUCAAAUUGUGGUUGGCACUAAUUGUUCGUGACUAGUUGCUUAGCAUGUGUUGAAGUAAGGCGUAAGCUAAUCUGGAUGGGAGUGCGUGCAAUGUUCACCUAGAUGCUAGACAUAGACAGACAAGUCACCUUGUGACUAGCCGUCUAGAGGUGCGACUACCCCUACACUGGACACCAAGCCCUCGACUAGCGUCCAGUUGUCGUGUCUAGACGGCCGUCUACAUGAACACUGAGUGCGUGUACAAUGGAUGAUGGAUGAAUUGUCGUAGUUGACUGUUCUGCUGAGAGCGAUUGAGUUAAUGCGAUCAUGUCCCACGUAUUGCUUAAUUGCUCAUUAUGAUGAUGAUGAUGUUUGUGUCGUUGUGAUAGUGGCUGUCACCUUGAGCGUUCCUGAUUUGUUGCAGUUUCUGAUGUUAUCAAUUGCUGUUGAAUUGAUGUCUGAUGACAGAGACGACUUUAUCUGAGUUAUCAAAGAAAUUGAGUUGUUGUUUGGACCUUGGUGUUAUGGAACUGUGCUAGUGUUUGGAAUUGUUUUUCGUAAUUGUUGUUACUUGCUGGGUUAUAUUGUUUUGGGUUAAGAGAGAGCUUUGGCAGUUUGGCCUAUCUGUCAUGGUCAGAUGGACAGUGACCUAAAUUCUUUCAGUAAAGUAGCACUUAUUUUCUAAGAA